CUAACACACCCAUUCUGAGAAAAGCACCACUGAGCUCAGUCUAAGAUGUUGUGGUGAGACUGGUGACCAGAGAGAUCAGUCUAAUCACAGGGUGCAGCAGGAAAUUUAAAACACUGCUGACGAGAAGAGCAAAGCAUGAAGCAGGAGGUGUACGGAUUGGCUCAGCAAUGGAUCGCAGUCAUAUUGUUCUGGGUCACACCAGUUGCUGUCCCAACAUCAGCCACUGUGACAGCCCAGUGUGCAGGUGCGGUGACAUUGCCCUGCAGAGCCGCCAGGGUGAAGAGCCAUACCUACACCUCGGUCAGGUGGUACAAGGUGGUAAAUCAGAAAGACCUGAAGGGAAUUAUUUGGAAAAGGGGUAACAAUAUUAAGCUUUACAGAGGUGUAGACCAGAACGUGACGAUGACGGCACAAGACUCUCUCACCAUUAGGCAUGUGAAGGAAGAGGACAGUGGAACAUACCAGUGCUCCAUCUUUGCUUCACUGGGAGGCAUCAAUCAGAAUGGCCACGUGACCCUGCAGGUCUCAGUCUGCCUAUCCUCCAGUGUAGCUACAAGUGUUGCAGUGACCACCCCAGGGACAUCCUCCAUUGCCUCCACACUUCACGCCCCACCGGCGUUCUGCCUCUGCGUCAGCUCUGCCAUCCCGCCCGCUGCCUGGAUCACCAUCCUAGCCGUGCUCAACGUCAUCAAAGUUCUGGCCUCCUACUGCAGUAUACAGGCAUUAAGAAGAAUGAGGCGCCCAGAGCAGGAGGUCUCCUGGCGAGAUGUGGACAAGGAGGAGGAAAUGGUGCAGUCUCUGAAGGAACACAUCCAGAGGUUUUCUGUGAUGAAACAGGAGCACACUCUAGCAGCUGGUGCACAAACGGUUAACUUCUAUUCUGGUAGGAGGGUCAGAGGUGUUCCCCCGAUGGCCUUCAGCAGGGCGAGAGAGGGGACCACACUUUUCUGACUCCCUGUCUAGAGGUAUCAGAGUCCCAUAGCAGAUCUCUGUAUCUCCGCCAUCCACACUGACUGGGGACCGUGCCGAGCCUCUGCACGUUGCCAGGUGCAGAUCCUGUGUCAGUCAGGCUGCACUGAGCGAGGGUGCUGGUGAUUCCUGGAGUGGCAGGAAAGAGUUCAGUGGAGGACCGGGAUGAAGCCCACCGCUAGACUCACCUGGGCGGCGGGGAGAGAACGUCUCACUGAGUACAGCACAGUCCACCAGCAUCAUCGGGCACAGUUCCCCUGCUGCUCUACCCUGUGCAAAAAUCCCAGUGCAAGAGCUGCCCCACCGACAUCAGACUGAAAUGACGUCACAUCAUCCUCCCCCAGGGAUACAUCGUGAGUCCUUCAGCAUCACUGGGCCUAAAUCCUGGAACUUCUUCCUUAACAGCAGAGAUCAAAGUCCUUCACCAGGAUUACAGUGGUUCAAGAAAAUGGCUCAGUACCAUUUUUACUCAACCGAUGGCCAAUUUUACUCAAUCUGAUAUCCAGAUCCCAUAAAGCAGAUUUUAAAUAGAGAAUCCCAUUGCCCACACUGCCAGAGUGACCUCUCUGAUGUAAGUAGCAAAUUGGUCAGUGAGGUGGGGGGCAGAGGUUGGAAAGACCCAGUGAAGAAACUGAGAGUUGAGCGACCUUGACUUCUACAGGGAGAGCAGUCCAGCCUCCUGAGUGGAGCUAAGGGUGUCCUGCCCAUCUCAGUGAUUACAACUUCAGAAAGCCUGAGCCUGCAAAGAUCUAGCUCAAUGCGGUGGGACAUGACGUCUCUGGGGACUCUGUGUGCUUUGGGUCCCACAGUGUCCCCUACCCCCAGGUCUCACACCCUGCCUGAGCGGGCAGCCUGUAGUGAUGGAGAGUGGCCAGUGGUGUCACCACUCAAACCCCAUUGACUGAAGGUUGGAGAAGGAAGCCCCAGCCAACACCAACCAUUUCCUUCACCCUGGCUAGCUCCCUGUCACACCUUUAAAUGGCAAUAAUUGCCGAUAUAAUUGGAAGCACAGUAAACAGCGAGGAUGACUAUCAAAGCUUGCAACGACCAGCCGGGAAAAUGUGCCGAAACUUGGCAGAUGGAAUUUAAUGCAGACAUUUGUGAGGUGUUGCACUUUGGGAGGACAAACUGGGGGGUAAAACUUACACAGUGAACAGCAGGGCAUUGAAGUGUGUGGUAGAACAAGAGGAUCUGUAAAUACAGAUUCAUUAUUCCUUGAAAGUGGCAUCACAAGUAGAUAGUAUCGUAAAGAGUGCUCUUGGAACAUUGGCUUUCAUUGAGUACAGGAGUUGGGUCCUUAUGUUUAAGGUUGUAUAGGAUGUUGGUGAGGCCAGAUUUGGAGUAUUGUUUGUAGUCCUAGUCACCGACCUACAGGAAAGAUAUCAAUAAACUUGAAAGAGUGCAGAGAAAAUUUACAAGGAUGUUGCUGGGUCUUGAGGACUGAAGUUACACGGGCAGGGUGAUUAGGUUAAACGUUAUUCUCUGGAGUGCAGGAGAAUAAGGGGAGAUUUUCUAGAAGUAUAUAAAAUUAUGAGGGGUAUAGACAGUGUAAACACGUACAGGAUUUUUUCACUGAGGUUGGAUGAGACGAGAACUAGAGGUCAUAGGUUUAGGGUGAAAGGUGAAAUAUUUAAGGGUAAUCUGAAUGGGAACCUCUUCACUCAGAAGGAGGUUGGUGCAAGUGUGGAUUGAGCUGCCAGCAAGCGUGGUUGAUGCAGGGUCAAUUGUAACAUUUUAGGGAGUUUUGAUAAGGAAAUGGAUGGGAGAGCUUUGAAAAGAUGCAGGUAAAUGGGACUAGGCAGAAGAUCAGGUCAGUAUUGACUAGAUAGGCCAAAGGGCCUGUUUCUAUGCUAUAGUGCAGUCUACUCCCAGCUCUGCAGAUACUGAUCCCCAAAGGUCAAAGAGAGAAAUCUAACGAUCCAAUGUAUGACAGUGGGAAGGGAAACAGACUGGGUGUGAACAGUAUGAAACCAGGCCUAUCGCCUCCACCCUUCCACCCUUCCCGCUCUUCAGGCUCACUGUAUUGUCCCUGGGAUUAUGCAUUGUCCAAUCUCCUAAAAAGCUUUGGUUUCACCCAAAAAAUAAUCCCAGGGAUGAUCUACUUCAGGUUACCCAAAUUUUGUGUGAUAACUUUAUGGAAAAGGUGUUAAUCGAUCCAGUUCCUUGGCUGAUGUGAUGAUUGUGUUUGAAUUAAUUGCUGUGUUGGAACCCUGCUGAACGCCCUCCAUCAACAGCACCAUUUGAAGCGUCCUGGCUGUCCGUCAUAUUAAGUGUUCUCGUAAAUGGCCCACCUUUCUCCGAUGUGCGGCACUCAGACCACUGUGGGCACAGGCCGAGAGGUUUGCCUGUGCAAAACCAAUAAAACCGUUACACUGUUUAAAACCCAGGGAUUGUAGAGUGAAGCAAUGCUGCGCGAGCCUCUGCCUGCCUCAGCACAAGUCAGCAACAUCGUCGGGGCGAGAACUUCCUGUUACCAAGCAGAGCCUGGGUGACAUCACCAGUCAUUCAGUGCCACAAGUUAAUGGCCGUUCACUGAAUAAUACUCACAGCGUCCCUCCCAUAUUAACCACGCUGCUGAUGUUAACAUCCCAGAUCCUCCUCUCCCUCUUUACUUCUACAAGGGGUGCUUUCCUCUAUUUUACAAUCAACAUUCCAGUCAUAUGCCCACCCUGCUCCGCUGACUUCAUGUCCUUCCUUCUCUACACUGACUACAAUCCCCAUGUGCUACAGUUGAACAAUGUUUCUGGCUCCAGACGACAAGUAGAGGUCUAAAUGUCCCUGACACCAAUCUGUAUGGACUAUGAGCUACGAGGCUGACAAGGAAACACAAGGGGUUCUGCAGAUGCUGGAAAUCCUGAGCAACACACACACAAAAUGCUGGAGGAACUCAGCAGAUCGGGCAGCAUCUAGAGUAGGGGUCCCUGACCUGGGGUCCACGCACCUUUGCCUAAUUGCUUUGGUCCAUGGCAUAAAGACGGUUCUUCUGGCAGCACUCCUUGUAGAUGCGCUCCAUGGUGGGGAGUACUUUGCCUGUGAUGGACAGGGCUGCAUCUACCACUUUCUGUAGAUCUUUCCAUGCCUGGGCAUUGGUCUUUCCAUUACCAGGUUGUGAUGCAACCAGUUGGGAUAGUUGACGUUUCAGGCAGAAGCCAAAAUAAGAAGCUGGGGAAGGUUAGGAGUACAAGCUGGCAGGUUAUAGGUGAGGCCAGGUGAGGGGGAAGUGGGUGGGUGGAGGAGGUGGGCUGUUAAAGAAGAAUAAUGUGGGAAGCUGAAAGAUGAAAUCUACCUUCCCCCUCACCUGAUCUCACCUGUCAUCUGUUAAAUUGUACUCCUGCUGUCCCCUACCCUUUAUUCUGAUUUCUGUCUCCUUCCUUUCCAAUCCUAAUGAAAGGUCUCAGCCAGAAAUAUCGGCUGUUCAUUUCCUUCCAUAGAUGCUGCCUGACCUGCCAAGAUCCUCCAGCAUUCUGUGUGUGUGUUGCUUGUGUCAACGCGUUCAUUUUACUGCAUUUUCUAAGUGCCUGGUAACAGAUUCCACCAUUUUCUCCUGCUAUUGACCACAGGCUGGUGGUCCACAGCUUUCUCUUGUCCUGGUUUCUUCAUUCGUGGGGUUACAUUUGCUGCCUCACAAUUUGCGGGAACCAUUCUAAUCGGUAACCCCUAUCCCAACAGCCACCUUCUUCACACCUGGAGGAUGCAGGUGAUCUGUCCUGUGGAUUGGAGAGAUGUAUUCGUCUGUGAAGCUUUGAUUCUGGAGGGCUGGGCAGUGAUAGGAGUUUGGGAGAGGUAGUGGAUGCCGAGGGUGAGGGUGACUGGAGAACGACCAACACUCGAAAUGUCUCCAUGCUGAGUAGAUGAGUGAGUUACGUGGAAUAGACCUUGCCGAGAGAUAUAGGGUGUAAGUGAGGUGAAGAGAGUCAAAGUCAAAGUAUGUUUAUUAUCAGAGUGUGUAUAUAUAUAUAUAUGUUACCAUCUACUGCCCUGAGAUUCAUUUUCUUGCAGAUAUUUACAGGAAGAUAAAGAGAUACAAUAGAAUUUAUGAAAAUCGAUAAUUAAACAAAGACUGACAAACAACCAAUGUGCAAAAGAAGACAAAUUAUGCAAAUAAAAAGAA